AUGGUAUCAUUAGCCAUGAAAGGAUCUGGGAUCAACUUAGACGAUCUCCAAAACUUCUUCCUCAAUAACCUUGAAACCAUAAUUCUCCUUUCAUUUCCUCUGCUUUUCUUGUUGACCAUCUACAUGUUAACCCGGCCCAAACCCGUUUUCCUCGUCGACUUCUCGUGCUACCUCCCACCGUCUCAUCUCAAGGUCAGUGUCAAAACGCUGAUGGAACACGCUAGGCGUGCAAGAGAAGCAGGCGUGUGUUGGAAGAACAAAGAGAAUGACUAUUUGAUUGAGUUUCAGCAGAAGAUUCUUGAACGUUCCGGUCUGGGUCAAGAAACCUGUAUCCCCGAGGGUCUCCAGUGCUUCCCGCUUCAGCAGGACAUGGCCGCUUCGCGUAAAGAGACAGAGCAAGUAAUCUUCGGAGCUCUAGACAAUCUUUUCCGCAACACUGGAGUAAAACCUGAUGAGAUCGGUAUAUUGGUUGUGAAUUCUAGCACAUUUAAUCCGACUCCAUCACUUGCUUCCAUGAUUGUGAACAAGUACAAACUCAGAGACAACAUCAAGAGUCUGAAUCUUGGAGGAAUGGGUUGCAGUGCCGGAGUCAUAGCCAUUGAUGUUGCAAAGGGGUUAUUACAAGUCCAUAGGAACACUUAUGCUAUUGUUGUAAGUACAGAGAACAUCACUCAGAACUUGUACUUGGGGAAAAACAAAUCAAUGCUAGUCACAAACUGCUUGUUCCGGGUUGGUGGUGCAGCGGUUCUGCUUUCCAACAGAUCAAGAGACCGUGGACGCGCCAAAUACGAGCUUGUUCAUACCGUAAGGAUCCAUACAGGAUCAGAUGAUAGGUCCUUCGAGUGUGCAACGCAAGAAGAAGAUGAAGAUGGUAUAAUCGGAGUUACCUUGACAAAGAAUCUACCAAUGGUUGCUGCAAGAACUCUUAAGAUCAAUAUCGCAACUUUGGGUCCUCUUGUUCUUCCAAUGAAAGAGAAGCUUGCUUUCUUUGUGACUUUUGUCAAGCAGAAGUAUUUUAAGCCAGAGUUGAAGAAUUAUACUCCGGAUUUCAAGCUUGCCUUUGAGCAUUUCUGCAUCCAUGCUGGUGGAAGAGCUCUAAUAGAUGAGCUUGAGAAGAAUCUUAAGCUGUCUCCAUUACACGUUGAGGCCUCUAGAAUGACACUACACAGGUUUGGUAACACUUCUUCGAGCUCAAUUUGGUAUGAGUUGGCUUAUACAGAGGCUAAAGGAAGGAUGAAGCAAGGAGAUAGGAUUUGGCAGAUUGCUUUGGGAUCAGGUUUUAAGUGUAACAGUUCAGUUUGGGUGGCUCUACGCAACGUUAAGCCUUCGGUUAACAAUCCAUGGGAAGAUUGUAUGGACAGAUACCCAGUUGAAAUUGAUAUUUAA